GACAUGACUUCGCUUCACUGUAAAAACAGCUUGAUCCGAUGUCUGCGAGAGCCACAUGCCAUCUGCACCGUGCUGUCCCCUCUCUUUAGCUCUUCGCCUCCUUUCUCACGCACCUCUUCCUCGGACUUUAGACCUGACAUUAAAGUUGAUGAGUUCGCACGCAGCCGCGUGUCUGCGGGAUCUCUCCAGCUGCGGGUCUCGUACAUCCUGCCCGUCAGCUGUUUGAUUCUCAUAUUAUGGUGGAGCCGCUGUGAAGGGAUUUCAUCGCAUUUUCUUCCCAAGCCGGGCGAUAUGACCAUCCGGCAGUGGAAAGAAAACUUUGAAAUUUUGACUGUCCUGUACCUCCUGUCAUUAUCGGCGAGGUGCAGCAGUGGCGAUGUGCCACCCAGCCCGACUGGAGGAGGUCGUCCCGGAGGGUCGCGGCGCGGGCCUGCCGCUCACAGCACCACAGAGCCCUUCCUGAUCAUGCACGGUGAGAGACAGCCGUUGAGCCUCCUGACAGCCAUGAGCCAUCCUGCAUCAGUGAUGGUAUCACUGGAGGCCGAAGAGACACAGCUGCUCCUGAUGCUGGAGAAGAACGAGGGACUCUUUGCAAACCAUUACACAGAAACGCACUAUCUGUACAAUGGAAGCUCUGUCACUACCGCUCUGAACGUUACGGUGAAUUGCUACUAUCAUGGCAAGGUUCAUGGGCACUCUCAUUCUGAUGUCAGCCUCAGUACCUGUGCUGGUCUCAGGGGCUUCAUUGCUCUUGAAGAUAAGACCUUCAUCCUGGAGCCGGCAUUCGGGCCUCGCAACGCAACUCACCGGAUUUACCGAGCGGAAAACCUGAGCUUGGCCUCCGGCGACUGCGGCCACGGACUCAACAUUUCGCACGUCGCCCUGGACUCGACGGGCGGCCUCUUCCAAGCAUUCAGCACCAGGCACAAGAGGCACGUGCAGAAGACCACCAAGUACGUGGAGUUGAUCAUCGUGGCUGAUAACAGAGAGUUUCAGAAACACGGGAAGGACGUGGAGAAGGUGAAGCAGAGGCUGGCGGAGAUCGCCAAUUACGUGGACAAGUUCUACAGGGUUCUCAACAUCCGCGUGGCCCUGGUGGGACUGGAGGUGUGGAGCGACGCAGACCGCUGCUCUGUCACGCAGGACCCCUUCACCACGCUGCACGAGUUCCUGGACUGGAGGAAGCUGAAGCUGCUGCCCCAGAGGCCUCAUGACAACGCCCAGCUUGUCAGCGGUGUAUACUUCCAGGGCACCACCAUCGGCAUGGCACCCAUAAUGAGCAUGUGCACAGCAGAGCAGUCAGGGGGCGUCGUCAUGGAUCAUUCGGAAAACCCCCUGGGGGCGGCAGUGACCCUGGCCCACGAGUUGGGGCACAACUUCGGGAUGAACCACGACACUCCGGAGCGGGGGUGCGGCUGCCGGAUGACAGUGGACCGGGGGGGGUGCAUCAUGACCCCCUCCACAGGACCAGGCAGAGAACUAAAGCCAGCGGGCACACCAUGCAGGGAAUCCAGCAAUUCCUGCGACCUGCCAGAAUUCUGCACAGGGACGAGCCCUCACUGUCCCGCCAAUGUCUACCUCCACGACGGGCACGCCUGCCACAGCAUGGACGGCUACUGCUACAACGGCGUCUGCCAGACCCACGAGCAGCAGUGCGUCACGCUGUGGGGCCCCGGUGCCAAGCCGGCGCCGGGAAUCUGCUUCGAGCGGGUGAACUCAGCCGGGGACCCCUAUGGGAAUUGUGGAAAGGACCCCAGGGGCUCCUUUGCCAAGUGCGAUCCACGGUGAGGACUCACCGGGCGCCGAACUUCCCACGGCAUCCAGAGGGGGGCGCCACACAACAACCCAAAAACAGAAAAAGAAGCCUUCGGAUCGAGUUUACUCUCACUUGGACGGAUAGAUAGUGCUUUUGAUGAUUUACUUGAAGUUUUUUUUCACGGUUUUCAUUUCCAUAUCCUUUAAAUCUUUCAUCAGUCGUCUCAUCAUUUACGUAAUUGCCCUAAUGACGUGGGAUCUGACAGGAUGUGAGCGAGCGCUUGUGUGAGUAACACGUGCAGCAGAAACAUAUCCGAUGAGAGUUCGUAAUAAGCAAGAACCAGAGAAAUACUCGGACGGAAUCCCGACAUUCACGCUUCGGAGAGGCUCCGCGGCGAGCAAAUUUAAUGGCACAAAAUGGAUUAUCGGUCAAUUUAUAAGCCACAAACCUUCAAAGUUACGGGGACGACAGAGGUGCAAAUGGCAAAUUGA